AUGAAGCCGUCUAUAGGGCCCCGCAUCUCCUGGCGGUGGUAUGCUGCCGCUGCUGCUGUGCUGCCAGGAUAUUUCGUCAAUGCUAGCCCGUCUGUGAACGUGGCGCUCCAGGCCUCCUUCGACUCCGCACCAUAUCUCGUUGAGCUCCUGGAAUCCGCCGCCGAAGAGAACGCCACCUCCUACUUCCCAUUGCUGGAUCGCAUAGCCGAAGGUGUAUUCGAGGACCUCACAACAGAGAAAGAACUAUACGACCGCUUCUUGACAGUCGUUCAGGAUGAUGGGCAUCUACGAAGCUCCGAGAGCCUCUCAUCGCUCAAGCUCUCGCUCUCACUCCGGUCUUCGGCACCCCGAAUCGAGGCCCACUAUCAAUUCUAUAACACGUCUGUUCAGCAGUCAUUGGGCGUUGCCCAGGAUGCGGUCUGUCCUGUUUGGGUUCACUUGGAGGACAAACAGUAUUGCUCAUCUGCAAUGGAGCGCGCUCAGCAAGACGUCGAGGGAGAGUUGGAACUGCCUUUCGACCGCGUACUGGGGGAUGUGUCGCUUCCCCCGGCUGUCUUGUAUGCGGAUAUCGCAUCUCCGACAUUCAGAGAAUUCCACGAGACUCUAAGCCAAAUGGCCCAGCAGGGUCAGAUCUCGUAUCGUGUACGAUACCGACCUCCCCAGCACUGGGUCUCUCGUCCCUUGUUUAUGUCCGGAUACGGAGUCGAGCUGGCUUUGAAAAGAACGGACUACAUUGUGAUUGAUGAUCGUGAUGCCGAAAAACUCGAUGCAGGCUCCAAGGGUCCCACGGACCCGGAGGAGCUCAAGGGCGAUUCUCCCGAUGAUCUACGACCUCUUUCUGCGUCAGAAGUGAACCUUCUGGGCUUGAAGUCUGCGGCCUACGUGAUGGAUAGCGCUGACCCUCUGGAAACACUGAUCAAGAUGUCUCAGAACUUCCCGAAAUAUUCUUCCAUUGUGGCUUCUCAUGGUCACUCGGGUGAGCUGGCCCAGGAGAUCCGUCACAACCGGGUGAGGAUGCUCCCUGGAGGCUACAAUGCUAUGUGGGUGAACGGUGUUCAAAUGGAUACGCAGCAGAUUGACGCUUUCACCCUACUCGAGCAUCUCCGCCGCGAGAGGAAAUUGAUUGAAAAGUUCCGCGACCUCGGGCUCUCUGCUGAUGAUGCCGUAAAGUUGCUGUCUCAUCGCCUCAUCACCGAGGCGCAGGCUGAGGAAGAUCAACAACGGUAUGACUUCCGGGAUGACCUGGAAGACAACCAGGCUAUUAUCUGGUUGAACAAUUUGGAAAAAGAGUCCAGAUAUGAGAACUGGCCCAGUGACCUCGAUUCGUAUCUUCACAGCGUUCAUCCCGGUCAAUUGCCCCCAGUGAAACGAGAUCUGCAUAACGUUAUUCUGCCACUCGAUCUGUCUCGUCCAGAUGAAAUGAUGAUCAUCGCUGGUAACAUCCAAAUGUUCAUAAAGCGCGGUAUACCUGUGAGAUUCGGUUUGGUGCCUACUGGCUCAUCGCCGGAGUCCGUUGCACAGCUGAAAGUGGCACACUAUCUCUUCGAUGCCUAUGGUCUGGAGUCCCUGGCCCAAUAUCUUGAACAAUUUGCUUCACAGGGGAAACAUGGACUUCCAGAUAAGUCCGCUUUCCAGUCUGCGACGAACGAUCGCACCAUUGCCGAUGGGGUUGAGUCACUGUCGCUUGAUCAGGUCUUGAAGAGCGACAAAUACAAUGCUCUCGUGCCGCACACGGACGCCUACCAGCGCCGAUUGGGCCUCAGUGGUGAUGCACCUCAAUUGCUUGUGAACGGUAUUCCUGUGCCUCGCGAAGGAAACUGGAUGCAGGGGCUGAGCAUGCAGAUCAGUAAAGAUCUGAAGUUGAUUCAACAGGGUAUUGUCGAGGGCGUCCUCGAGGAAGAUGCCUGGCUUCCAGACUUCUUCCUGGCCGGUGCAUUCGAGAGACGUAACACCUUCCUCAUGCCCGAAGACCCCAAGAGUGUUCAGAUCGUGGAUAUCGCCACUGUACUUGGAUCUAACGAGGAUGUCCUGGGCAAGAUCCCUCGCCUUGCUUCCGAUAAAAGUGCCACAGAGAGCGCUCACAUGAUCGUUGUAGCCGACCUUGACUCCGAGGAGGGUUUCAAGCUACUGACCGAAGCUGUGAAUCUGAGAAAGGGUCGAGAUGACGUCGAAGUACUGGUCCUGCACAAUGCAGCACGGGAUGUUGAUGACGCCCCCAGCAAGGCGAUCACACUUUUCAACACUCUUGCAAAGGGUGGCAGUCUGGAUGAAGUCGUAUUCCAGGUGACCGCAUCUGAUGCAGAGCCCGCUGCCGAAGUCGAGGGGCAACUGGCUCUCCACCAUCGGAUUUCGAAAGAGCUUGGAUUCGAAGCAGGUACACAAGGUCUCAUUGUCAACGGAAGGCUCGUUGGCCCCGUUGACAAGGAGAACACACUUAGUGUCAACGAGUUGGGCCAACUGGUUGACUACGAGCGAGCUAAGCGUCUCGAGGUCAUCGCACAAGCCGUCAUCCAGCUCGGGUUUGAUACUAAGGUGUCAAGCUCGCUCGAUUUUGCUAAGUUGACAUCUCUUGUUGCACUUUCUACCAUCUCGGACGUGCCCGAGGGCAUUUUCGAAAGCACGCCUGACUUCAGAAUGGAUGUGUCUGAAAAGUGGAGAACCAAGCUCUCCGUUAUCACUGUUUCUAACUCCGAUGAUCCCGCAAUCAACAUUGCUGUUUCCCUUGACCCAGCAUCUGAGGUUGCUCAGCGAUGGCUACCGAUCCUCAAGGUUCUUUCGGAACUUUCCGGUGUUCAAUUGAAGAUCUUCCUGAAUCCAAAGGAAGAGUUAAAGGAACUUCCGGUCAAGAGAUUCUACCGCUAUGUGUUGGAAUCGGAACCAUUCUUCACCGAAGAGGGUGCUCUGACCCGGCCUCAAGCUUCGUUUGCUGGUGUGCCAGUCGAAGCACUGUUGACCCUGGCGAUGGAUGUCCCUUCGUCUUGGCUUGUAGCACCCAAGGACUCUGUAUAUGAUCUGGACAACAUCAAGCUGAGCUCGGUCAAGAAUGGCGGGAACGUUGAUGCUACAUAUGCGCUAGAGCAUAUCCUUAUCGAAGGCCACUCUCGCGAUCUCACAACAAAGACUCCACCAAGAGGAGUCCAACUCACCCUAGGCACAGAACAGAGCCGCGAUUUCGCGGACACCAUCAUCAUGGCUAAUCUGGGAUACUUCCAGUUCAAGGCCCAGCCUGGCCUGUGGCAAAUCAACCUAAAACCUGGCCGUAGCGAGAAGCUGUUCAAGAUUGAUAGCGUGGGUGCUUUGGGAUAUCGUCCCCAGCCCGGUGACCAGAACAAUGAGGUUGCCCUGCUAUCUUUCCACGGCCGGACUUUGUUCCCACGGCUCUCGCGCAAACCGGGUUACGAGGAAGAGGAUGUCUUGGAGACAGGUAUUCAACCUGGCUCGGCGACAGACUAUCUCGCCAAGGGAUUGAGCUUUGCAUCCGGUGUUCUCUCCAGCGUUGGUGUCAACUCCAAGUCUGGGGGCGAACAGCACGCAGACAUCAACAUCUUCUCGGUGGCAAGCGGUCACCUCUACGAGCGCAUGCUCAAUAUCAUGAUGGUGUCCGUUAUGCGCCACACCAAACACAGCGUCAAGUUCUGGUUCAUCGAGCAAUUCCUAUCACCGUCUUUCCGCGCCUUCCUCCCAUCCCUUGCCCAGGAAUACGGCUUCUCCUACGAGAUGGUGACCUACAAAUGGCCCCACUGGCUCCGAGCCCAGAAAGAAAAGCAACGCGAGAUCUGGGGCUACAAAAUGCUCUUCCUGGAUGUUCUCUUCCCCCUCUCCCUCGACAAAGUCAUCUUCGUCGACGCAGACCAAAUUGUCCGCACAGACAUGCACGAUCUGGUCACCCACGACCUGCAAGACGCCCCCUAUGGCUUCACACCCAUGGGCGACUCCCGCGCCGAGAUGGAAGGCUUCCGCUUCUGGAAACAAGGCUACUGGUCUAACUUCCUCCGCGGUAGACCCUAUCACAUCUCGGCUCUGUAUGUCGUUGACCUGAAGCGCUUCCGCGCUCUUGCUGCCGGUGAUCGUCUGCGUGGACAAUACCAGAUGCUCUCGUCUGACCCGAACAGUCUCAGCAAUCUCGAUCAGGAUCUGCCCAAUCAUAUGCAGCAUCAUAUUCCCAUCCACAGCUUGCCCCAGGAAUGGCUUUGGUGUGAGACUUGGUGUGCUGAUGAGGACCUGAGCAAGGCGAAGACUAUUGAUCUUUGCAAUAACCCGCUUACAAAAGAGCCUAAGCUGGAUCGAGCCAGGAGGCAAGUUCCUGAGUGGACGGUGUACGAUGAUGAGAUUGCUGCUUUGGCUAGUCGAGUUGCUGGUGAGCAGACUGAUGGUGUUGAGUUUGUGCAGACCGAGGAUAGGAAAGAUGAGCUUUAG